UCAGAUCAGGCUAGCUGACAUUAGCAUUAGCACACCAGGGACUAAGCUUUUGUGAUGAAGUUUUUUUAGUUUCCGAGCUCAUUUUUCUCAUCUCCGGCGUUGGAUUCAAGUCCACACUCCUUUCGGGUUGUGAUAUUUUUGACUGUUUGAUCUUUAGGUGCUGUGGCCGCAGCCUUGCGGCUAACCAGAUCAGACAAUACAUUUCAAAUAGGAUUGAUGAAUCGAAUAGCUGGGAGCCUACAGUUGACGCUUUCUGCCUGCCUGUCUAACGUUAGCUUAGCCACCAGGCUAUCGGUGGCUAGCGCCGGUUAGAAGUUGGCUGACUAAAUUACAAGUGAACGCUUCGCUGGCGAGCUACACCUAUCACUUAUUGCCCCGAAGGUGAUUGAGACGAUGGACUUUAACGUUACCACCGCGCUGUGAAAGGAUGAGUUCGUGCUUUGUACCAAACGGGGCCAGUUUGGAGGACUGCCACUCCAACAUCUUCUGCCUGGCUGAUCUGACUGGAAUAAAAUGGCGGUGUUUUGUGUGGCAAGGACCCACCUCUUCGCCCAUCCUCUUCCCGACUGAGGAGGACCCCAUCCUGUGUAGUUUCAGCCGAUGCCUGGCCGCAGAUGUGCUGAGUGUGUGGAGAAGGCACCAGACCCGGGGUCGCAGGGAGCUUUGGCUUUUCUGGUGGGGGGAUGACCCCAGUUUCGCGGAGCUUAUCCACAAUGAGCUCUCGAGUGAGGAGGAUGGCGAGUGGGACAGCGGCCUGUCCUACGAGUGUCGGACACUCCUCUUCAAAGCCAUUCACAACCUGUUGGAGCGCUGUCUCAUGAACCGCGGCUUCGUUCGCAUCGGCAAGUGGUUCGUUAAGCCAUACCAGAAGGAGGAGAAGAUCAUCAACAAAAGCGAGCACCUGUCUUGCGCGUUCACCUUCUUCGUUCACGGUGACAGCAACGUUUGCACGAGUGUGGAGAUCGCCCAGCAUCAACCUCUCCAGAGACUCAGCGACGAGCACCUUAGCCUCGCGCAGCAGAGUUCCAGCCCGCUGCAAGUUAUCCUCAGCCCAUAUGGUUUGAACGGGACUCUCACCGGCCAGGCUUUCAAGAUGUCAGAUCACCCUACUCAGAAGCUCAUAGAGGAGUGGAGGCAGUUUUAUCCCAUUUGCCCCAAUUCCAAGGAGGCCCAAGAAGACAAGAUGGAUGAUUCAGACUGGGAGGAUGACUCCCUGGCAGCUGUGGAAGUCCUUGUCGCGGGAGUCAGGAUGGUCUACCCGUCCUGUCUGGUGCUUCUCCCCCUGUCAGACCUCCCUGCCAUGGUCCCUCAGGGCUCAGCCAACACCCCGGGGAGCCAGUGUGGUGCUCAGCAGGGCCAGACGACUCACAGAGACUCUGCCAUAUCCUCUGUUACCCUGACUCCUCCAACGUCACCAGAAGAGGCUCACACUGACUAUCAGCCUGCUCACAGGUGGCUAAAGCUGUCCUCUGCGUCCGAUUGCUACAACUCAAAUAACACUCUUCAUGGGGGGAAAAUCCCCCGGAGGCUGGCUGGCCAGAUGGUGGAGUCCGUAUGGCAGGAAUAUAACAUAAACCGUACAGGGAACAAAAGGAAGUUAACAAACUUGACGAACGGAGCGUGUGAGGAGGAGCCUGACAACACUGGACUCUGGGAUUUUGUGGAAUCAACUUGCAGACCAACUUGCAAUUGUUCAAGGCAUAAGAAUCAGAAGCAGCGGUCUAGCAGUACCUCAGGACACCCACCUUCCUCAGGCCAGCCUGCCCAGCUGGCCCCCAAGCACAAGCUGGGUGAGAAGCUGGACAAGGCAGAGAAGCAGCAGAGGAGGCCGCAGACGCCUUUUCACCACCGCAACUCUGUGAGCGAGGAGCAGUCCCUGGAACCGCAGAACCCGAGGCUCUGCUCAAGACCGCUGGAGGAGGGCUCGUAUCCCAGCCUGCACCAUCUGGACACGGUGCCUCCUAAAGCCCCCACGCUGCACUCACACGGCCCACCUGCAGACCUAGUCGGGUCCCCUCCUCCCCCUCCUCUCAGCCCGCAUCCGUGCGAUCACGUAGAAGGUGACCUAAUCCCUGGGUCCAUUAAGAACUCUUCCACGCCUAUUCACCAACCAUUCUACCCGCCAUCAGUGGAGCCCUGUCUGAUGCCUCAGAAAAGCUCCUCUGAAGAACCACAGAUAGACAACGUUCCCAUGUCGUUGUCCUUCCCCUCAGCCUUUAAUGAAAGUCUGGAACCUACCGUGUUUGUAGGCUCAGCUGUAAACCCAAGUGAAGACUCCACUUACAACCCCUGGAAGUAUUUCAACUUACCCAGGAAGAAGAAUUCCAGUUUCUCGCCACCUCAGCUGCCUGUAGAUAAAGCACGUGAUGAUUGUGGUGGAGGAACUGACAGUGUGGUUUCUGUCACUGAGUUGAUGUGCAACUCCUCGCAGCCUCUGAAGGUGUCCCAGGACCUGGUGAAGACAUACACCCAGCGGAGAAACAGCCAUCUCGUCUCCUCCACUGGGGACAGAGAACACAGUGAGGAAUCGGAUCCUUACGCCUUUGUAGAGGACGAGGAGGACAACUUUACAGAGAAGGACAAGUCUGGGUCUGAGAAGGAAGGCAACAAGAAACAGAAGCUGGAUGAAGCAACUGGAACUUCUGCCGACGAUGGUCAGGGUCCAUCAGGCAAUAAACCUUCAGCCUCAACCAGCCUCUUCCACGAAAACGACUUGGCAGUGUCUUACAGUGACUUAGAGAAAAUAUUUAACUCGGACGAAGAUGAUCCAGGGUCUGGCCCCAAAAAAGCUGGCAUUGGUAUUGAAGAUGACAUUAACUGUAAAAAAACUAAACCAACUCUCUUGGAUCGUCUGCCUUGCGUCAGCCCGGUAGACCUGCACAAGAUGUUUCCCACCCCGCCCUCACUUGAACACCAGGGCUACUCUCCCAUGAACUCCGGGAGCAACGAUAGUCCGGAAACGGGGUCGAGUCUCACCGUACUGGACGUCAGCCAGCUUAACAGCCACUUCAAGGUGGAGGUAGAGGAGGGUUUCUGCAGCCCAAAGCCAUCUGAGAUUAAGGACUUCUCCUUUGUGUAUAAGCCAGAGACAUGUCAGUCUAUCAUUGGCUGUUCCAUGUACGCCCCCCUAAAGACACUACCCAGCCAGUGUCUGUCUCCUAUCAAACUGCCAGAAAACUGCAUGUACACGCUGAGCUGGACCAUGGGCAAAAUGGAACUGAUACCCCCAGUGUCGAGUGUCAGUCUCCUCACCAAAGACAGUAAUGUCCCGAGUGUGGAGCCAGACUACAGCCAGACCUACACCCCUCAGACCCACACGCCCUUCAUGUCCAGCAGCGCUCCUCCGAGCAACGGCGGCACCGGCAUCCUGCCUUCUCCAGCCACACCGCGCUUCUCCGUGCCCACGCCUCGCACGCCACGCACUCCACGAACGCCCCGCGGCCCGUCCAGUGUCCAGGGCUCCCUAAAGUACGACAACUCCGACCUUUACUCCCCGGCGUCCACACCCUCCACCUGUCGACCUCUCAGCUCUGUGGAGCCGGCCACCGUGCCCUCCAUCCCCGAGGCGCACAGCCUCUACGUCACGCUCAUACUUUCCGAGUCCGUCAUGAACCUUUUCAAGGACUGCAACUUCGACAGCUGCUGCGUGUGUGUCUGCAACAUGAACAUCCGGGGGGCAGACGUGGGCGUGUACCUCAAGGAUAAUGGCGAGGCUCAGUAUCCAUGCACUUGUGGCUUUAGCGCUGUAACCAACAGGCGCUUCGGCCAAUCAGCUGGGCUGUUUCUGGAGGAUGAGCUGGACGUAGUGGGGCGCGGCUCGGACGCCAGUCGGGACACGGAGCGUUGCUUCGAGGAGCUGAGAGGCAGCCUGAAAGAGAAGCCUCCAGAUGAGCUGAUCCUGCUGCUUCAGGACCGGUGCACCAACCCGUUCGCACAUUUUGCGGGUGUGGAGUACUCCAAACCGAGCUUGGCCCCAACUUCGUUCCUGAGGGUCGAAGAGAGGGACUGUUAUAACGACUGCUACAUGGCACUGGAGCACGGCAGGCAGUUCAUGGACAACAUGUCGGGAGGAAAAGUGGAUGAAACACUAGUGAAAAGCACCAGCCUUCACCAGUGGCCUAAGUGUAAAUCAGCAGACAUGAGCAAGCUGUUUUCUCAGGACGUCUUGCGAGUGUUGUUGUCCCUCCAGCCCGUGCUGCAGGACACCAUCCAGAAGAAGAGGAGUGUUCGCUCUUGGGGUGUUCAGGGACCCCUCACCUGGCAACAGUUCCACAAAAUGGCUGGGAGGGGUUCAUAUGGUACAGAUGAGUCUCCAGAGCCUCUACCCAUCCCGACCUUUCUGGUCGGUUAUGAAUAUGAUUUUGUAGUACUCUCUCCUUUUGGGUUACCCUACUGGGAAAAGCUGCUCCUAGAUCCUUUUGGUUCCCAGCGGGAUUUGGGAUAUGUCGUCAUUUGUCCAGAAAACGAGGCGCUACUCCGUGGAGCCAAGACUUUUUUCAAGGAUCUGGGUGUCAUGUACGAGGCAUGCCAGCUGGGGCAGCACAAGCCCAUCUGCAAGAGUCACCCAGAGGGUAUUCUGACAGUCGGCACCUCAGAAGGAAGGAGCAUGACAGAGCAGCCUCUCAGUGACUGGUUCCUCAAGAUGGCCGCCAGAGAAGGGAACAAUGAAGCCUUCAAUAAGCUCAAACUCUUUGCUCAAGUCUGUCGUUACGAUCUAGCUCCGAUCCUUUCCGAGCUGCCUUUGGAUAGUUCCCUCUUGUCUCAGCGCAAUCCCACCACAGCCCCCUCGUUCUUGCAGUCCUCCCACUCUUCCAGCAACUCCUCAGGACUCCAGAGCACCAACAUUUCCAGCACCGGCUCAGCCCAGACUGCCCAGGUCAACAGCACCCCUCCCUCCUCGUCAAGCUCCCAGACCAUCGGGGCUAUGGCCUCAGGCAAGCCAAGCUCCUACUUGCCGUUUGGGUCAGGGGGCUUGCAGGGCAGCACUACUCAUAACGAUCCACAGUCCAAUUCUCAAGGUGCAGGGAGCCAGGCUGAAAAUGGAUCCAGUCAGCCUCAAGGAUCCACAGAGACACCGGAGAGCACCAUGGAGAGAGACAAAGUGGGCAAACCAACAGACGGAGAGUCGCACGCCAUUUCUUACCCGCCUGCAAUAGUGGUUUACGUCGUGGACCCCUUCAGCUACGAAGACGCAGACAGGGAGGUUCACUCCAGCACCUACGCUCUGGGCCUGCUGCGCUGCUACAUGGAGAUGCUCCCAUUCCUACCUGCUCACAUCAGAAACGCUGUCUCAGUUCAGAUCGUUCCCUGUCAGUACCUGCUGCAGCCGGUGCGCAGCGGCGAGCGUCACGUCUACAGCCAGCACCUGAAGUCUUUGGCCUUCUCCGUGUACACUCAGUGUCGCCGGCCUCUCCCCGGCUCCACCAACUUCAAGGCCCUGACCGGAUUCGGGCCCGGACUCGCCAUCGACAUGGCACUCAAGAACCCAGAGCGUCCCGAGUGUCUGCGUCUGUACACGCCGCCCUUCAUUCUGGCUCCGGUGAAAGACAAGCAGACGGAGCUCGGCGAGACGUUUGGCGAGGCCUCGCAGAAGUACAACGUCCUGUUUGUCGGCUACUGCCUGUCUCAUGACCAGCGCUGGCUGCUGGCGUCUUGCACCGACCAUCACGGAGAACUGCUGGAGUCCUGCAUCAUCAGUAUUGACGUACCCAACAGAGCGCGCAGGAAAAAAGGCUCAGCCAGACGGCUGGGAUUACAGAAGCUGUGGGAUUGGUGCGUCGGCCUGGUUCAGGUCACGUCUCUGCCAUGGAGGGUGGUGAUUGGACGGCUCGGCAGGAUGGGACACGGCGAGUUGAGAGACUGGAGUAUUCUGCUGAGCAGGAGGAACUUACAGUCCCUCAGUAAGCGUCUGAAGGAGACGUGUAGGAUGUGUGGCAUCUCUGCCGCCGACACGCCCAGCAUCCUCAGCACCUGUCUGGUUGCCAUGGAACCACAAGGUUCCUUUGUGAUCAUGCCAGACUCCGUGUCAACGGGUUCGGUGUUUGGUCGCAGUACCACACUCAACAUGCAGACGUCUCAGCUGAGCACGCCUCAGGACACGUCCUGCACGCACAUCCUGGUGUUCCCCACCUCGGCCAUGGUUCAGGUCAACACGAACACAUCAGAGCCCAUCGACAUCAGCUUCAACCCCAUAAACCCUGAUGGAUCUGAUGGCAUGGGCUUCUUUGAUCUCUUUGACAAUGACAUUGAUCAUGACAUGGUGGAUUCAGACCUCAUCAACAUCCUGCCCAACUCCCCAACAACCUCUCCUGUUCACUCUCCUGGUUCACACUACCCUCAAGGAGGAGAUGGAAGCAAGGGCCCGGGUGCAGAUCGUAUGGAGUCCCACGAGGAGGCUCUGAACAUCCUGCAGCAGCCGAUGGCUUUGGGUUAUUUCAUCUCCACAGCUAAGGCCGGACCUCUGCCUGACUGGUUCUGGUCAGCCUGUCCACAAGCUCAAAACCAGUGCCCGCUCUUCCUCAAGGCCUCCCUGCACCUGCACGUGUCUUCAGUCCAGACGGACGAGCUUCUUCACAGUAAACACUCCCAUCCUCUGGACUCGAACCACACCUCUGAUGUGCUCAGAUUUGUUCUGGAGCAGUACAACGCCCUCUCCUGGCUGACCUGCAACCCUGCGACCCAGGACCGGCGCUCCUGUCUGCCCGUUCACUUCGUGGUGCUCACACAGAUCUACAACUUCGUCAUGAACAUGCUCUGAGCUCCGAACCGGCGUCGAACCGCCCAGGUUUGGCGUGCGGAGACGAACUUCUGAACACACCCUCCUCCUCCACCCCCCCGGUGUGUGUCGCCCAGCGCUGACUGGAAAGUCCCAAUCAAUCAAUCAGAUGCCAAGAAAACAUUUUAGCAUUUUGGAGGAUCAAGGGGACGUUUCAUAAAAGGAGAAUCUUUUUAAUGACUGUAAAUUGCAAUCUAUGAGAUUUUAUCUUAAGGAAAUGCCUGCAUAUAUUAUUUAUUGUAAGUUUUUAAUGUGGAAUUUUUAAUGCUUAAUAUCUUUUAUAUAUAUAUAUAUAUAUAUAUUACAAAUCCUAGAGGGUGUGUACAUCUCACUGUAAAGGAGUUGGUUUAAAACGUGUAAUGUUUUUCUCAAUUGAACACGAAAAAAAAAA